AUGGAGAGACUCGACCUAGCCACCUACAGCAAGGAGAUCAAGCAGAACUACGACAAACUCAUCUCCGGUGAACUGUCCUAUGUCAUUUACACCACCCAAAAAGACUCAUCUCUCAAGCCUACAGUCCAAGGCGACGGAGACAUCAACGAGUUUGUGACCGAGUUUGAAGAAGGCGCAGUCCAAUUCGGUUACAUUCGUGUCAAUCCGUACGGUUCUGACGUCCAGAAGAUUUUGCUAGUUGGCUGGUGUCCAGACUCUGCUCCUUUGAAGAGCAAAGUGUCGUUUUCAAAUAACGUUGCCGAAGUCGGCAGGAUCUUGCACUACCACGUCCAGGUGACUGCUAGAGAUCCUGAUGACCUGGACGUGGACGACCUGCUGAAAACUGUGAGUAAUGCUUCCGGUGCCAGGUAUUCCAUCCAAUCGCUGCCACAGUCUUCUGCUCCUAAGACCACCAAGCCUGCCCCAAAGCCUGUCCCUAAGCCUGCCAAAACAGAAGAUCCAGCACCUACCAAGCCCGCUAGAGACACUCCACUAAGACCGGCUACAACUCCUGCUCCAGCCAAGCCUGCUGAACAAGACGACGAAUGGGGUGGAGAAGAAGAAAUCCAGGAGAGAGACUUCAGCAAAAAGCCAUUGGAGACUCUUCCUUCAGCAUACAAGCCAACAAAAGUCGACAUUGAGACGCUGAGAAAGGGUCCAUCACAAACGACCAGCUCGCAACCCGCCACUGUUUCAUUGAGUCUUGGAGACGGUCGCCUGUCUUCCCUGCCUAAACCAAAAGUGACAAACUCUGUCGCUUCCAAAUUCCAGGAAGUUGUCCAGCCAUCGUUUGGCUCGAAACCUUCCUUUGGUGCUCCUCCAAAGAGGGACGAACAUGUCUCGUCUGGCCUGAACCGCAAUUUCGGGGCCACUAAUGGUAAGACCCCUGCUCAACUCUGGGCUGAAAAGAAAGGACAGUUCAAAGAUGUCGAGACUGAUUCGAAGCCUGUGAAUGCUGAGUCUGAAGAAGAGACCAAUGUGCACGUCAACGAUGUCAGAGCCAAGCUGGAGGCCCUGAAGACGGAGGAAGAGCCAAAGCAAGCAUUUCCUCCUCCACCAGUGAGAUCCUCGUUCCCACCUCCUCCAGUCAGAACUGUUCCGAAAGAGGAAGAAGAGAAGGAGUCUGAGCCAGAACAGGAAAAGGAGGCCGCGCCUGCCCCUCCUACCGCACCACGUCCGGCUCCUGCUGCUCCAUCGGCAGCUCCAACGGCAGUUGCAGAGUACGAUUACGAGGCAGCUGAGGACAACGAGAUUGGAUUCGCAGAGGGUGAGGUUAUUGUGGACAUCAAAUUUGUCGAUGAGGACUGGUGGCUCGGAACCAAUGCUGCUGGCAAAACCGGUCUCUUCCCUGCCACAUAUGUUGUCCUGAACGAGAAAAAAGAUGAAGAACCAGCUGCUGAAGAGGUCCCAGAACCAGAACCAGAACCAGAGCCAGAAGCUUCUAAAGGGUUGACUGCCGUCGCAGAGUACGACUACGACGCUACUGAGGACAACGAAAUCAGUUUCAAAGAGCAGGAUAUCAUUACAGAAAUCGAACAGGUCGACGAGGACUGGUGGCUGGGAUCCUGCAAUGGCGAAAGAGGACUGUUCCCUGCCAACUACGUUAAGCUACAAUAG